AUGCCCAUCUUGAGUGAAUAUGACCGCAGUGCUACUUCUAUGGCCGGGGCUCCAGGUCGUGUUGAUAAGAAGGGCAAAGGGAAGGAGAAGGAGAAGGAGAAGGAGAAGGAGAAGGAGAAGGAGAAGGAGAAGGAGAAGGAGAAGGAGAAGGAGAAGGAGAAGGAGAAGGAGAAGGAGAAGGAGAAGGAGAAGGAGAAGGAGAAGGAGAAGGAGAAGGAGAAGGAGAAGGAGAAGGAGAAGGAGAAGGAGAAGGAGAAGGAGAAGGAGAAGGAGAAGGAGAAGGAGAAGGAGAAGGAGAAGGAGAAGGAGAAGGAGAAGGAGAAGGAGAAGGAGAAGGAGAAGGAGAAGGAGAAGGAGAAGGAGAAGGAGAAGGAGAAGGAGAAGGAGAAGGAGAAGGAGAAGGAGAGAAGGCAGAUCUGGCAGAUGCAGAUAGGAAGAUCAGCGCUCAGGCUAGCCGUCAAGCGCGUUCUGAUGAGAAACGGAUUCCGCCGAGUUCGAAAAGCAAGGAUCCCGGAAAAUGCAAAGCCCAGCACUAAGGCCACCACCAGCCAGCCCAGCAUAUUUAAAAAUAGCACAAGCUCACGCCGCCUUCCCCCCCUGACCAAUGCCAGCACUCGUUCAUCCACCAAUUCAGUUCUGACAGAAAACGUGUUGAUUUCUCACGCUGUCCCCAUCAUGCAGGAACUAAAAGAGCAAGAUACUCUCCAACUCCUGGAUGGACUCAGAGGACUCUCGGAUGAAGAUGAGACCCAAGUUGUUGACCUAAUACUAAUACAACCGCAUCAUAUCGUAAAGGCUCUCGUCAAGGAUUCGCCUGGCAAGCCCCCAGCUCGUCAAGCCGAGCGCACAAAGAAACCUGGCAAACCUGGCAACAAUGAUCUCCCGGAUGGUGUUGAACAAAAGCUGUGGCGCCGUGUCUUUGUUUCUACUUACAUGCAAUAUAUUGCAACUCUGGCUAACCCCUGGGAGGUUCCCCCCAAGUUGGCCUGCCAGAAAUUGCAGGUGAUCUGGGACACAAUUUUCCCCAACAUCUCGUACACAGUCACAAGCACGAGCACCGUGUAUCUCAUAACUGUCCAGCGUGUUGCUGACUCCUAUCGAAGCUUCAUCGGCUCAGCAGCCAUUGCGAUCAUCAUCGCAUACCUCGAGUCCCAGGAGACACUCAAGCACUCGGACGAUAAUCGUGUCGAAUUUGCUACUUACGCGCUGGACAAGCUUCGCUUCUUGUACAAGAAGGCAAACAGUGACAAUAAAUCUAAGUUCCGCGGACUUUAUCAAGGUGCCUUCGUGGUGCAAACGUUUGGCGCCCACUUCACUGCUAUCAACGGCGCUCGCAAGAUACAUGGACUAGAGAAGCCGGGAGAAAACUUGAAUCCUGUUGGGGGUCUAGCGCUGUCAUGUGCUGCGGUUGAACGAGCAUUGACACUUAUUGCUACUCGUACUAUAACCAUCGAAAUGGUUCUCACUGCCAAGGGCAAAUCUAUACCCUUGCCGAAGACACUCAAUCACUCAACCGGCAAAGUCUCCAAUCGCCAAACGGGCUUCAAUGAUGUCACCUGGGCCAUCAUCACUUCUGCCAAGGAAUUUUCCAAGAAAAGCCAUCGUUCUGGCAAUGAUAGAGCCGUCGAUGAUGCUGUGGAUGAUGAAGAUCUCGACGAAUGUGCCCAGCUCAUGGACAUCUCGGAGUCUGAGUCUGGGUCCGAAGACUCGGAUCAUACUAUUGGCUCUGACGCGGAGUAG